AAAUACUUUUAAUGCAAAUUUUCAAACGUCAAAACAAAACAUACAAAUUUUUACUUGUGUGGUGUUAUUCUGGUGUCAAUUUUUAAAUGUUAUCCUUAAUCCUUGAAUAUUUAGAUAAAACUUAUCUAUCAAUACAAAAGUUAUAGUACUGCACGUGAAAUGUCUGUAAUAAAUUACGUAAACCCUUUUAGAAUAUACAAAGAUUUUGUCAGGAAACCGAUAGAAACAUUUAUUUUCAAUCAAUAUUUAGGGUAUAGAAAAAAAACCGGUGAAGGUAUAAACAGUGCUAAGGAGAUAAUAUACAAAGUUGCGAUUAUUCUAGUAUUUUUGACUGCUAUAUUGUGGCUAUCUAUAUUUAAUUAUAUCGUUUUUUAUCAUAUGUACAUGCCUAAUAUAACACAUCAGCGUACUGUUCAUUUUCAAUUUAAGCCAUGUGAAGAAACCAUGGGGAUAUGUUCUUUUCCAUAUGCCUACGUGCAAUUGACAAGAAAGAGCUCCAUACUGAUGUCAGGCCAGUUGUACCGCAUAAGGCUAAUUUUGGACAUGCCAGAGUCAAAUGUCAACAAGGAUCUCGGAAUGUUCAUGGUAUGCACACAGAUGAGAGCAAAGGGUGGAGUUUUAGUGUCUUCAUCAUGUCGCUCAACUAUGUUAAGAUACAGGUCGAAACUCCACGAAUACAUCCGCACAGCGGUCAUGGCGCCUCUCCUCAUGUCGGACGUGGUGGAAGAGAAGCAGACCAUCCAAGUCGAUUUGUUCACGGAAUUCGAUGAUGAUCCCAAUCAACCCGUUACGGACGCGUACGUUGAACUCCAGUCGCGCUACGUGCAAGUGUACGGAGGUCAGCUACACAUCGAGGCUCACUUCACUGGCCUCCGGUACCUGAUGUACAACUGGCCUAAGUUCUCGGCUCUCUUCGGCAUCAGCACUAAUCUGUUCUUCAUAACGCUCGUGUUCGCGCUGAGCUGGUAUCACCUACAGGAAGGGUUGCCAGAGUUUAUCAAGAGUAAACUGGGUACGACGCCGGACAAAGAUGAAGACGAUAAGAAAUUAAUCGGAAAGAUAAAAUUAGAAAAAGAAGAGUCGCCUUCCAUGUUUGAAGGCGACGUGCUUCUAGAAGAGUUUAUGCAGCUCGAAGAGAAAGAGAAGAAGACAUCGUAGCCGGAACGUGUUCAUGCAACGGAGAACCAAUCUGCGGUGUUAUUUUAUAAUUAACUAGCGACCCGUCCUCGCUUCGCUUCGGAAACUGUAAUUUAUUAUUGAUUUCUCCACUAUUUAAUAGAUGUUAUUAUACAUAUA